AUGGAAGCCCAUGUGAAGGACCUCAUUUCCCCCUCUGAGGAGGCAGAUGGAUAUGAGAUCCUCUCAGAAGAGGAACAACAUUGUCCAACACCAUUUGACUCUCUGGUAAGCUGCAAGGUGCUGCAAUUCUUUCAUCAGUACAUGUUGGGCUGCAACUACUUCUGGAUGCUCUGUGAAGGCAUUUAUCUUCACACGCUGAUCGUGGUGGCGGUGUUUGCUGAAGAGCAGUGUUUGCACUGGUAUUAUCUCCUGGGCUGGGGGUUCCCUUUAGUGCCAGCAUCUAUUCAUGCUGUUGCAAGAGCCAAAUACUUCAAUGACAACUGCUGGAUGAGUGUUGACACGCACUUGCUUUAUAUUGUUCAUGGACCUGUAAUGGCAGCUUUAUUGGUCAAUUUUUUCUUUUUGCUUAACAUUGUCCGAGUUUUGGUGACAAAGCUAAGAGACACCCACCGUGCUGAAUCCAACAUGUAUAUGAAGGCUGUCAGAGCCACUUUAAUCCUGGUGCCCUUGCUAGGAAUUCAGUUUGUUAUUAUUCCUUGGAGACCAGAAAACCGACUUGCUGGAGAAAUAUAUGAUUACAUCAUGCAUAUAUUAAUGCAUUACCAGGGCUUACUUGUGGCAACUAUAUUCUGCUUCUUCAAUGGUGAG